CCGCCGGUGCCGCCGCCGCCGGUGCCGGGCAUGGCCCAGCUCGGCGCCAUCGCCGCCCUCGCCCUCGGCGUGGCGGCCGCCGCGCUCCUCUCGGCCGUGCACAAGAUCGACGAGGGGCACAUCGGAGUCUACUACCGUGGCGGAGCGUUGCUGACCUCCACCAGCGGGCCCGGCUUCCACCUCAUGCUGCCCUUCAUCACGUCCUACAAGUCAGUGCAGACCACGCUGCAGACGGACGAGGUGAAGAAUGUCCCGUGUGGUACCAGUGGGGGAGUGAUGAUUUAUUUCGACAGGAUCGAGGUGGUGAAUUUCCUCAUCCAGAGCGCGGUGUACGACAUUGUCAAGAACUACACAGCUGACUACGACAAGGCUCUCAUCUUCAACAAGAUCCACCACGAGCUGAACCAGUUCUGCAGCGUGCACACCCUGCAGGAGGUGUACAUCGAGCUCUUCGAUCAAAUUGAUGAAAACCUUAAACUGGCCUUGCAGCAAGACCUAACCACGAUGGCCCCUGGAUUAAUUAUACAGGCAGUUCGAGUGACAAAGCCAAACAUCCCUGAAACCAUCCGGAGGAAUUACGAGCUCAUGGAGAGUGAGAAGACAAAGCUGCUGAUAGCAGCCCAGAAGCAGAAGGUGGUGGAGAAGGAGGCAGAGACAGAGAGGAAGAAAGCUCUGAUCGAGGCAGAAAAGAUUGCACAAGUUGCUGAAAUAACUUAUGGGCAGAAAGUGAUGGAAAAGGAGACAGAGAAGCGAAUUUCAGAGAUUGAAGAUGCUGCAUUUCUUGCACGAGAGAAGGCGAGAGCUGAUGCUGAGUGUUACACUGCAAUGAAGGUGGCUGAGGCCAACAAGCUCAAGUUAACUCCUGAGUACUUGCAGCUGAUGAAGUACAAGGCAAUUGCAGCCAACAGCAAGAUCUACUUUGGCAAAGAUAUUCCCAACAUGUUCAUGGACUCUGCAGGGAGCCAGAGCAAAUCUGCAGAGGGACUGGCAGAAGGAAUCCAAGAGGAGGACGGGGCAGGAACCAGUGAGGACACAAAACUACUUCAAAACAUCAACUGAAAAGAAAGAUUUCUAUUCGUUUUCUAUCAAAAAAUCACGAACUGGGAAAUUCCUUUUAGUUUUCCCCCUUUCCUGUGCUGAAAGAGAUGAAUCAGAUUUAAUCCUUUCAAUCUUUUAUAUGACAAUUAGACACAAGGACUUUGGUAUUUAUGGGGUGGGUUUUCUGGUAAUUUCUAAGCUCCAGGUAUGUUCUGUAGCUGUACCUCCCCAGCUUUUGGUCACCCAGACCAAGGAUUUGGGAGAGGCUGUCAGGGCUAUCAGCCCUCAUUUGGGAUUGAGGUGGUUCAGAGCAGUUGCAGCUGAAGAAAUGUUGAGGUUUUGGAAGGAGGGGAAUUGCUGCUACAAUUUGUUUUGGGGUUUUUUUUUCCUUACUGCAAAUUCCAAGUACUUUAUUUCAAUCCCCUCUGAAAACAAGGUGCUAGAUUUUGUACAUUACAUGAGGUGACCCCAUGAGGGACAGAGGAGUCCUGCAGGUCCCACCCGUGGGGGGAUCAAAGCCUUAGACCACAUCACACUGGGAGUGACCCAAACUCUUCAUUUUCUGUGUCCUGACUGCUUUGUUUUCCAUUUGUCAUGUUUUUGUGGGGCACAGCAGAGUUGUCCCAGCAGUUCAGCUGCUGGGGGAGUGCAGAGCUGGGUGGGAUUUUCAGUGAAACGAUGGAAAUUGUCACAGAAAACCAGGGAGGAAAGAAUUUUUGUCUCAGGGACCCUGACUUUACAAAAGACCUUGCUGGGGAGGAGCUGCUGGAGUGAGCAGAGAGUUUUUGAGUUUGUUAUCUGCUCUGUGGGAGCAGCUGGAUCUCAGUGUUUACAGUGUCUGACUAGAAAAAGAACCUUCAGGUGAGCUGAAGUGAGCUCUGUGGGAUUGGGGCUGGAUGGACCUUGUGGAAGGAAGAUUUCCCUCUGGCCAAGGACAAACCAUGAUCCUGAAAGGCUACGGGGCAAAGACAAGCAGCUCUUCCUGAACCACCCAAAGAUGGAUUCCCCUUCUUGUCUCAGAACAGUUUUCCAGAAUGUACCUUCCCCUCCAGAGAGCUGAUCAGCUCCUCACAUCCCACAUACAAGGAGGGAACAGAGCUUUCUUUUCCACACAUGCAAAAUUGGAGGAUAAAAAGUCCAGGCCUAGAGAGAACAUUUUUUUAUCCCUACCCAAUCCAUCUGCAUGUGGCAGCAGAGCCUGGUGAUUAAUUGCUGAUGUAAUUAGAGGCCAGGAUGCUCUUCUGAGGUGAUGCCAGUGCUCAGUGUCAGAGACCUGGUGCAUUCACAGGCUCCUGCCCUAAAUUUUUGCUCCCCAGCACCCCUGGUCUCACCUUUCAGUGUUCAAACCUUCAUCUCUCUGUGUUGCUCUGAGAGAGCUCAGGUGAAUCUCAGCUGCUGGCUCCAGGGUUUUUACAGCAGUUUUCUCUUCCCUGUUGAUGCUUGAAAAUGCAAAAUAGAAAUGAAGCAUCAGUUUCUGCUUAGAGUCCCAUCCUCUUUGUAUUUCUUAGAAAACAGGAGCUAAGGGAAAUCCCAUCUCCAGACCUACAUCAGACUCAACUCCCUCCCCAGGGAGGCUGUGAUAUUCCUGACUCAAAACCAGGUUUGUGCAGGCAGAUCCUAACAGGGAAUAGCAGAAAUUUAGCCAUGAGGAUGAGCUCACUUGAGAUUGUUCUGUGUUCAUGCUUGAGGUUUCCAUCAGCAGCUAACACCUCCUUUUACACAAGUAUUUUUCACUAAUGAAAGAACUAAGCCAAAGUGGUAUUAUAAAGGCUUUUUUUUUAAUGUGUGAUUUCACAGCAAGACAAUAGCUUGGGAUAAAGAGCUCUUAAUGAUUUUUUUUUUUAAUUAAAACCCUGAUUGCUAAAGUAUUAGUAUAAUUUAGUUAAGUUGUAUUAAGAGUAAAAAAAGAAAAGUGAAGUUGAGAGUGUGUCGGUUUUCAUAAGCCAAAAUCCUUUGUUGUGUCUUUCAUUCAGGUUCCUUCACUCUAAAAUGUCCUGAAUUUUCCAGAGUGGAUCAGUCUCUCCAUGUAAACCUUUAUUCCUCUGUCUCUAACAGGCAAGUUGUCCUGUUUCUGUAACCUUGACAUGAAGAUCUGAACUUUAAACCCACUCUGUAGCAAAGGGAACAGAGGUUUGUGGCACUGCUGAUAGCUGGGAGCACGGAAAUGCUCUGCCAGAGCAAUCCUUGAUCUUCUUAUGUACUGAACUCAAAGCCUUUUUAUUUUGGUAUUUGCUAUGACAAUAAAAUGGCCUUCAAUUUUA